CCACAGCAUCCAGUGAACGCCAGAAUGAUACAGGAACCUUCCAGAAACUCACAUAACCAGGCUCCUCUCAGAACAUGUUCCUCCCAGUCAUUUGUUGGCACAGCCUACACAGAGACUCACUCAACUUCGGUCCCACCUAGAUCCAAAGCAGCCCCCUCAGGAAACCUCACCCACGCAGAUGACCAGACUACUGUUGCAAUGGAGACUACUGGGCGUUCCGGUUGCCCUGGAGAUCCAUGCCAGCCCCCCCCCUCCCGGUCUGGGUUCUAGAGGUUUCAGUCAAGUACAUCCUUCAUCGGCCCUGGACCUCUCUUGUCCCUUCCCUUUACUGUCCUUCCUCAAUUCGGGCCAGAGUCCCUUUGCGAAGGUCUGCAGAUGCCCAGGUCCCCCAACAAACUUAACAACAAGACCUCUCACUUAGCAACUACAGCCUGGCUCAUCCAAAGCAAAACCGUUCAUUCCCUCGGUCAGGGCCAGUACUUCCCCCUCCAACCCAGGUAAAGAUCCUGACCUAAGGACCUAAAGGACUUGCAACCACCAAGCCGAAGCUCAGAGAUGGAAGCAAAUGAGAUCACAGACAGUCCUCAGGCCACCAAGGAUGCAGAGAACCGCCCUUCUUUAAAGGACCCUUCUGCAGAAGACUUGCGGGAGCCCACUAGCCUGGAAACUGAAACUUCCGCAGAUCUUUCCAGCUCACAGACCUCUUUGCAGCUUCCUGUCUACGAUGCCCUUUUUGUGACAUCCACUCCGCCAAAUCCUGAGACUGAGGCCUCUGAGAGCCUCUUGGAGCCACCUGACUCUGAAACUCCCUUAAAGUCCCAUACCACUGAGAUUCUUUCCACACCAUCCCAGGUUUCCUUCGAGGCCCCAGCCUUUGAAACUCUCUCAAAGUCUCCCCAGUCUGUGGCCUCUCUAGAAAAAGCCAUCACCAAGAUCCCUUUGGAGAGCCUUACAGAUGAGAUUCACAGCUCUAAGGUCAAAAAAAAGUCUCUUAAGCUCUCACCAGAACUCAAUCUCCCUGGAUCUCCCCAUAAGCUUUCUUCUGCUAAAGGCCCAGAGACCCAGGUCCCUGGAUCUGAACACAUCCCCAAGCACUCCCUUUCAGGACCAUCCAGCCAGGCCCCUGCGGAUAUAGAACCGGCUGCAAAGCAGGAGGAAGCAAGGGAAGAGGAGCCAAUAGUGGGGACCAGUACCAUCUCUGCUCCUGCAGCCAAGCCCGAGUCUAGUGUGAGCAAGAAGGAGAAAAGAAUUAGCGGUUACACAAGCCGCCCAGUGGUCCCUGCUAAGCGGGCAGAGCUGGUGGAUGUGGCUAAGGCAAUGCACAGAGAACAUUUUGGUACUCAAGUGGAGUAUCUUUUCCAAUGGGAGAAGGAUUCAGCCCUGAAGGCCAUCCAGACAGGUCUUUACAUUGGCUGGCGCUGCCCUCAUUACCUAUGGGACUGUUUCCGGAUUGGAGACGAGUCCAGGUGCUUUUGUGGACAUUUGUUGAAAGAACACCAGAUCAUCUCAGAUCUGUCGGUGCCCUGCCGCAUGAGCCAGUGCAGGUGCCUCAUGUUUUGUUUCAUCCCAUCACGCCCAGAGGAGGUGGGUGAGUUCUGGCUUAAGAGACGGGCCACCUUCGACCCCAAAGCAUGGAGAGCCCAGUGUCGCUGUAAGCAUACUCAUGAAGAACAUGCAGCCACCGGAGCGCAUCCCUGCAGGCACCGCGGCUGUGGCUGCAACAGUUUUGAGUCAAAUUUCCUCUGUGCGGCCUGUGACCGGCGCUGGGAGGAACACGAGACUUUCUUUGAGACUGAGGAGACCAGGCGAAGAGGAGGGAGACCUUAUGGUGAGGGAACAACACGGGGCAGGGGAUCUUGUCAGCAUCUGUAA